AACUAGAAAAGUCAAGGUCAGUUGGGAAUUAGAAUUCGCUUGUUUUGGUGGUAUUACAUCAUUUCGUUCAGUUUUCAAGACUGAAACUGAGGUUUACUGUGCACUUCUGCGGGAAUGGAUACACUUUUUCAGGCGAAACAAAAUCAGCUUUUGCUUCAAUCCCUGAAACAGGAUUGUGAACAAGCUUUAUCUGCCUUGAGGUUGCUAUGCAACUCGACUCAUAGUUGUUCGACUGUGAGUUCCAAUAUGAAUUCAGAAUGUCAGAAGUCACUUAAUGAAGAAAAAAUUCCGAUACUUGAAGCUACCUUAGAACAGAUUGAGAAGGGUUUAGAAGAUACAGAGGAUUUGUUUAUGCAUGUCAAACACAUUGAACAACUGGAAACAGAGUUAAUGACAAUGAGGUUACAUAGUCGACGGUUGUGCGAAGAAAAUCGUUGGUUACGAGAGACGCUAAAAUGCGCUCAAUCAAAACUGAAAGAAAGUGAAUUGUUACUUGCUCAGAGUGAGGCGGAAAAGGAACAGCUUAAAUUUAUGCUGGAUAUGAAGAGAUAUGAUGACGUAUCUUCUAACAAUUUCGAAAUCGAUCGAAAAGGUGACCCACCAAUAAUGAUGUCAUCUGUUCUCGGUCUAAUGAGUACAUCAAAUCAUACUAAUGUUUCUAAUCAAGUCGAUCGACCACUUAUGCAUAACAGAUUACAAAAGUCAAGUGCCACUAGUUUAUCAUCAUUUUCUACAUGCAAUCAGUUGGAAAUGAGUGGAUUUAUGAAUUCCAGUCUAUUGGAUACAGAUUUAGAUUCACUAUCAGACAAUCGUCGUGACAGUAAUGCUUUGCCCGGUAUGCGCGAGCAUCAGAAUUUUCAGUCAGGACUUAAGACAAUACAUCAUAUUGUUGCAAGAUAUAAAAGCCUAGGAAAAUAUGAUGUUGCAGCAUCUUUGUGCCUACAAAUUAUUCGAAACUUAGAAAAGUCUGGUGGUCGUGAUCAAGCUCAGAUUGCCACUCUUCUUGCUAUUUUAGCUGAAGUUUAUCGCGAACAAGGUAAAUACGAAGAUGCUUGUGAUCUCCUUAAACAGGCGGUAUGUAUACGGGAGAAGACUUUAGGGCCAAAUCAUAUGUUGAUAGCAUCUACCCUAAACAAUUUAGCUGUCCUACAAGCUAAACUUGGUCAAUACGCGGAAGCUGAACCAUUAUGUCGACGUGCACUUAGUAUACGUGAAAAUUUAUUUGGUGCAGAUCAUUUGGGUAUUACAAAUCAGCUGAACAAUUUGGCUCUGCUUUGUCAAAAUCAAGGCAAAUUUGAAGAGGUGGCAUCCAUAUAUCGGCGCAAUUUAGAUAUAUAUUCAAAACAUCAUAAACCGUCAUCACUGGUAAUGCGCAAAGCUAAACGAGACUUGGCUUCUGUUCUAUUGAAACUUGACAAUGUAAUAGAAGCUGAAUCUCUCCUGAAAGCAGUUUUAACACCAGAUCAAUAUAAUUCUUCACUGCAACCAAAAAACCAAGAGAACAGUUUAUCACAAUCAGAGAGUGUUGACCAAGAUUCUGCAAUUUAUUCUUUAUCCCCACUUAGUAACAGUGAUCGUGGUGUAUACAUAGAAGGUGUUUCACCAUGCAAUUCAACAGAACCAUCUAUCCUAAUGAAUUCAUCUGAACGACGAGUUGAACCUUUAUGGGUUAUCGUGGAACAGUAUGUUAAAGACAAUGAUAUCAGUCAGAAGUUUUCACUUGUUAAAUGGGCAUCAGAAGCAAAAAUAGAAUUAUCCGUUGUCUAUAGUGCAGUUCGGAAUUUGGCCAAUGUUUAUCAGAGGCAAGGAUUCUAUUCUUGUGCAAGUUUAUUGAGAGAAUGGCUUGAAAUGGAAUUACCUGAGCUUACGGAAUCCGCAUCACGUUCACAUCAUACGUCUAUGGUGUGACAGAAGUUUUUAAAAGUGUUUCAACUCUUCAUUAUAAUAAUAAAUUGUACACAUAUGAGGUAUGGAAUUUUUAGCUAUUGCUUUUUAUAUACAUACGCAGUCACUUUCUUUUUCCCUUACUCUCCUAUUCAUUAAUGCUAGUCGUUCAGUAUCUCUAAGUAUUAUUCACUUUGUGCCUAUCGAUUUUGUACAAUCUCUAAUAUGGAAGGAACAAUUGAUUAUAGACAGGUAGCCUUGAUUCUUUGGGUAUAACGCGUUAUCUUCAAGUAAAUAUGAGAUUCACCUCUGCCUUCAUAUAAUACUACUGUUUUGAUUUGUUUUUCUUAUAUCCCUCAUGUAGAUUUCAUUGUUCCACUAUUAUUCAUAUCGAUGGUGGAUAUUUACUAAUUAUUUUUUUCUGAAUGGCUAAAAUAAAAUCACCUAGAAUCUUGGCAGUUUCAUUGGCUGACUUGACUGUAUUUCCUUCUAAAUGCUUAGAUUUGUCUAUGUAGGCUGUUCAUCAAAGUUUUUCUAAGGUUGAUCUUGAUGUCUUUGCCAGUACUUACAGAAAGAUGACCAAUGUGAAACAGCA